AUGGUUGUCACAACAGCAGCACUGCCUGACAUGGGUGUGGAGGAGGAGCCCAUAAACUACAGGACAGCGGGUAGGAAGGCCAGCGGCAACUUGGCAAGAGAGAAGAAGGUGACGCCAACCUCCGAGGGAGACAUCCCGUCGUCAACAGUAAUGAUCGAUUAAGAAAGUGGAUCUUACUAUCAUUUUUUAUUAUCUUCAAAUCGGAAACCUCCGAUGGAAACAAAUACAUACGAAUUUACAGGACCAACGUUUACAUAUAAGUAUAACACUAGGUAGUGGUAGACGAUCAAAUCUUGUUGUUGAAUUUCAAUGCAGCAAGAACAGUUGUAAUCACUUUACAAAAGCAGGUUCCAUCGAUUCCGUCAAAGUUAGAGACGGUGCUCUACAAAGGCGAACGUGAGAAUAAGGCCUUCGGGAGUCGGGCUCUUCGAUUUGAUGCCCUGCGUGACGAGUCCGCGGCAGGCCCAGGGAGUUACUCGGUUGGCACGACGAUAGGAAAAAUACCAACAGGCUGGGGUAAAAGAGGAACAGGAGGCUUUGCAUCGAUAUCGAAGAGAUUUAACGCUGUUUGCGGAUAUCCUGUUCCCGGCCCAGGAUCUUACGCGGUUGUCCAAGUCGGGUACCUGCUUGCAGAAUACAAAAUAUAACACGAACUACCGCAUCAUGAUCUUGGUUAGGCCGAACAUAGACUGAGUCUACUGACGAGGACCGAUAUUGAUUUUGAUAUGUCCUCAGUCAUAGAAAAAGAAAAUCCCAUUUGAUCAGGACAUCGGCAUCAGCCUCCUCUUCCGGACCCAACGCAGCCUUCGUAGCUCCGAAAUAUGGCGGUGUCUUAAAGGAUAAUCAAGUGCAACCAUCGAUGUACGACGUCUCCGGAAACUUGUCUCGGAAACCGGUUGCUGCUUCAGGUAGCAGUGCUUUUGCUGACAAGAGUGAACGGGCAUUCGGAAAAGCGUCAGCUGAGGGGGGCCCGCCGCCAGGGACCUACAAUGUACUUCACCACUCGUCCGGUUUUUCUCGUAUGAUCAUAGUGCUAGUAACUAAGUACUUUUUGGUGGUCCUAUUAUAAUAUGCCGCAUGAGGGCAACGAUCAGAAAUAGAAAGAGUAUGAACAUCAACGCGGUUAAACGACACAGGUCGAGGGUUCGCUGGCUGCCCGUCCUGGCAGUGGUCGGAUGCCGACCCGGAAUUUCAUGGCCCCGGCAGCCACGCGGAAGGUGAAUGUUGCACCAAAUAUUCUAGGUCCAGAAGUGCCUUCAGAUCUCUCUCAUGCGGAUCGGAAAGGUGAGUAUGUCAAAGAGGCAAAGAAAUUGGCGGAGAAAAUACAACCCGAACCGGCUUCCUACACAUUGCCUUCGACUCUAAACACAGGCCAAAAACAGUGGAACCCGAAUACGAAGACGGUAAGCGAAUUCGUGUUACAAGCAUUUCUUGGUUUCUACUUUUUGAUUAUAGAUAUUGAAAGUACGCACACUCACUUUCAGGUAGACGACGAGCAUUCUGAUCCAAAAUGAAAUAAAUGGACAAGCAGGGUGUUUACUGCAGUGCGUGCUAGGCCACCUAGUGUGUUGCCUGCCGAUAUUGACAAUUCAUUAUUUUUUUACAACUUCAAUAAAUCUUUGAAGGUGAUCGUCGAGCGAUCGGAAAUGAGCAGUAAGAAAUUCGAGGUAGUCAAGUCUUCGCGCAUGAAGGCAAAGGCGCGGGAGCCGGGACCUGGCAGUUACGACCCAAAACUGGAUAUCGUAAGACCGGAAGUAGCACGAAACAUAUCGGCUUUGCGAGCUACCGGUCCUCAACGAGAGCCACUGAAGGCUAAAACGGCGCCAGGACCGGCUUACUACAAGACAGAGGCGGCACGUCACUCGAAGGACCGCAAGAGCUUUCACUUAAAUCUGAAGAGCUCGUGGGUUAGCUAGAAGUAUGUAUUUGGAUUAAUUCGAUAGUGGUAUCAAUUAGUUAAAAAGAAUCAAUAUGAAGAGUAGAUUCCCAUUUUUUAUGCUUAAGAUGCUUAUGCUCAUCGCGCUAUUUUUAACUCUGGUGGAGAUCUGAGGAUCGUGUUUCCGUCGAACUUGUUUAGAUCUGUUCGCCUAGGUCCUUUUUUGUCUUAUCGAGUCUUUCAUAUCGUUCCGAACAACGAUUAGAUGAACAGAACGAAAAAAUGUACUUGUACAGCUACACCCACCGUGUGAACUAGAAUUGUUAGUUUUUGUGCGUCCAGUGUUGUUCCAUCUUGUAUUCCCUGAACAACUAAAACGUGCAGAUACUUACAAAAAAUGUCAAUUAUCCGAUCAAUGCUUAGGACAGCUGGUCUAUUCUUCUAUUUGAUUUUUAUUGUUCCAUUCAUCUUGUUUCCUAUUCCCCUGAGAUAGUAUCGUAGUGGUUGUAGGUCUUGUCUUCAACUUCCAAUGUUUUCACUAAAAAACUAUAGAAGGGAUAGAGAUUGUGCGUGGUGAUAACAAAGUCUAGUGGUAUCAAGAAAUAAACAAAGUGAGGAACAAGAUGAAGACAUCACAAUGGUCUCGGUCCUGGCGUCAUUCCUAUCUCUGAAAAAUCAAAUUAUCCCAUUCCGUCCAGUCAGACAGUUGAUAAAAUUAAAAUCGAUAGACCCAUACUAGCAGGACUCGGGGGACGAGCAGUAAAAAGACGAAGCGAAAAGGUAAUGGCGCAGUGCAGCUUUUCAAAGCACAAGAGCUGCUUCACCCAUACAGUCUCUAGUCCUUUUAAUAUCAAAAUUAAUAUUUAUUCUUUCUGGGACAUUACAUAUAAGUUUAACUAGUAGCCGGGUGUCGUUCUUACAUCAAGUUAUCUUCUGAGAAUAUAGUAUUGUGACUAGUCUUAUGACAACGGUUUCAACGUAAUAUGAUCGACAGGAAACGCGACAAUGCAGUUUUAUGUUGUAUCAGAGCAAGCAAGUCCACCUAUUUCGAAUCUUCGAAACUCAUGUAGAGAAAAAAUAUCAGAUUUGCAUGACUGCUACAAAAAGGAUAUUGGAAUUUUGAGAUGAACAAUUUCCGCUUCAGUGGUGAUGAUGAAUAGUAAUUAUAUUGAGUAUUUCGAAUGGCAACGCAUCGAUCCCCAU